AUGAAAAUUCAUACCGAUGAGAAACCUUUCAGAUGUAAGGAAUGUGGAAGGGCCUUUAGUCAAAGUGCAUCCCUUACUACACAUUAUAGAAUCCAUACUGCUUUCAGUCAGAAUAUUAGUUUGAUCCAGCAUUUGAGAACCCGUUCUGGAGAGAAACCCUUUACAUGCAACGAAUGUGGGAAAACCUUUCGACAGAUUAGGCACCUUAGUGAACACAUAAGAAUUCAUACUGGGGAAAAACCCUAUGCAUGCUCAGCAUGUUGUAAAACCUUUAGCCAUAGAGCAUAUCUAACAAACCACCAGAGAAUCCAUACUGGGGAGAGGCCCUAUAAAUGCAAGGAGUGUGGGAAACCUUUUAGGCAGAGGAUACACCUUAGUAAUCACAAACCUGUUCAUACAGGAGUGAAAGCAUAUGAAUGCAAUCGCUGUGGGAAAGCUUAUCGGCAUGAUUCACCCUUUAAGAAACAUCAGAGACAUCACUCUGGAGAAAAACCUUAUGAAUGUAAUGAAUGUGGAAAGUCUUUCAGUUAUAACUCAACACUUAGCCAACACUAUGAAAUGCACAAAAGGAAUGCCUACCAAAACAAUGUGUAAAUGCAGUUUAUUCAACAUGGAAAAAAAUCAAGACUGAAAGAAUUCUGUGCUUUAAAAAUUCCAGACUGGGGGUGGGGCACAGAUAGCAUAAUGGUUAUGCUAAGAGACUCUCAUGCCUGAGGCUCCAAAGUCCAGGUUCAAUCCUCUGGUCUGCACCAUAAACCAGAGCUGAGCAGUGCCCUGGUUAUAAAAAAAAAAAGUAAAUAAUUAAAUAAAAUUCCAGACUGAGAAAUUGGUAUAGUGGUACUUUCAGUUUUCCUUGUAUAAGUCAACACUAC